AUGCCGAAACCACUCGGCACCAUCGAAGAGCCCAGUCGGCACCCCCAUGCUUCCGGCGGUGUUCCGGGCCCAAAUAGUUCCCCCCUCAAGGAGAAGCAUCCUUUCUCGCCGGACCAUUCAGGAGUGACUUUUUCGCAUCAGGCGGCCUUGCCGAAGCUGCCCAUACCAGAUCUGGAGUCUACGUGCAAGAAGUAUCUGGAUAGCCUGGCGCCGCUGCAGAGCCCAAGAGAGCACGAGGAGACGAAGGAGGCGGUACAGGAGUUCCUCAAGGCCGAAGGGCCGGAACUGCAGGAUAGGUUGAAGUUUUACGCGUCAUCCAAAACGAGCUAUAUCGAGGAAUUUUGGUACGACUCUUAUCUAAACUAUGAUAAUCCUGUCGUUCUCAAUUUGAACCCCUUUUUCCUUUUGGAAGAUGACCCGACUCCUGCAAGGAACCAUCAAGCGACGAGAGCAGCCUCCUUGGUCGUCUCCGCUCUGUCCUUUGUGCGCGCGGUAAGGAGAGAAGAAAUGACUCCAGAUACGAUACGCGGAAAACCUCUGUGCAUGUUUCAAUAUUCCAGACUGUUUGGUACGGCCAGAGUACCCACGGACAACGGGUGUGUUAUUGGCCAAGAUUCUUCGUCCAAGCACCUCGUCGUCAUGUGCCGUGGACAAUUCUAUUGGUUUGACGUUCUCGAUGCGAAUGAUGAUCCGAUAAUGUCUGAAAAGGACAUCACUCUGAACCUCUGCGCGAUCAUUGAAGAUGCCGAGCAAACCCCAAUCCAGGAGGCUGCCAAAGGAGCAAUCGGCGUUUUGAGCACAGAAAGUAGAAAAAUAUGGUCUGGCCUGAGGGACAUUUUGAACCGACAGUCGGGGCCCAAUAACACUGACUGUCUGAAUAUUGUUGACUCUGCCCUUUUCGUCGUAUGCCUAGACCACACGGAGCCCUCGAGCAUCGGCGAUGUCUGCGGCAAUAUGCUUUGCGGAACAAGCGAAGUGGUCAAGGGAGUCCAGAUCGGCACCUGCAUCAAUCGAUGGUACGACAAGCUCCAGAUCAUUGUUUGCCAGAAUGGUAGCGCUGGGAUCAAUUUCGAACAUACUGGUGUCGACGGGCACACGGUUCUUCGAUUUGCGAGUGACGUUUUCACAGAUACCAUCCUCCGUUUUGCGAAAACGAUCAACGGCCAGGCGCCGACCGGAUGCCUAUCGAAAUGCGAGCACGAGAAUCCACCACAGCUGAAAUGGGACUGGGAUCCCGGAACUAAGCCAUUGCCGUACGAAUCCGCCGAGGUCCCAUCUCGCCGACCUUGCUGCAUCAGCAUGAGUCUGAAGGCCCUGAGAUUUCCGGCGCUUUAUGAAAAGAAAUUUCAUCACGUCAAUGAGUUUCUCUCCGGGAUGCAUUCGUGCAAAAUGGCGUUUCCAGGCCGCCUUACUAGGGCUGUACAGCCGCAUCGAAAAUACGGCGACAAUCCCGCGGCAGAAAAGAUAAAUGCGUUAAGAAAGGCCACUCAGAAACAUACUGCAGUCACCAAAGAGUGCUCAAUGGGUCAAGGCCACGACCGCCAUCUGUACGCACUCUACUCGCUCUGGCAGCGUUCCUAUGACGACAGGCAAAACGCUAUGAGCAGCGGGCGCUCCAGCCCCAACAGCUGCCCUAACCCCAAUGAAAGCAGUCCUAAACUCACUUCGCCAAUUCGAACAUCGGCCAGCCCCUCAGAAGACGGAUACUCCUCUCUCAGCUCUCGAAACGGAUACGGCCCAGCACCGACCAUCCCUGCCAUUUUCAACGAUCCCGGCUGGGACAAGAUCAACAGCACCAUCCUGUCCACCUCGAACUGCGGGAACCCUUCCCUGCGCCAUUUCGGCUUCGGGCCCACCUCCGGCGACGGCUUCGGCAUCGGAUACAUCAUCAAAGACGACUCGAUCUCCAUCUGCGCCUCGUCAAAGCAUCGACAGACCAGCCGGUUCAUGCAGACCCUGGAAUCGUAUCUGCUGGAAAUCCGGAAACUAUUGCGGGCCUUGUCACCCCCUAGCGAUAGGCCGAGUGCUGUGCCCGCGCCGAAUGUCGCACUGGAAAGGCUUGAUGCGGGUGCGAGAACGCCCCGGAGGGGGAGAUUGAUCCGGACGGAUUCGGUGGCGCGUGAGAUCGAUACGCCGUUGACGGAGAGUGGGUUUUUGGAGGAUGAUGGCAUGGGUGGUUAUGGGUUUUUUGAUGCUGGGAUGUUACUGCAUGCGUUGCAGGAGCUCCAAGAGGGCCGCGAGAGGGGUCGAGACAAGCCGUCGAAGAGGAGGUUGGUAGGGAAGAUGCUGAAAUUAAAUGAAUAUUAG